GUGUCUUGUCUUCGUUCCUGCGCAGCCGAACGGAGUAAACUACUUGCCUGCAUUCGCCCAGUCGUGGUGAAACAUCAUAUUUGCAGUUAUUUGGUUUAGUGCAAAAGGAAAGUCGCAGACACAAUAAUGGAUAAAGAACGGUACUCAGAAAAUCCUGAUAUUGAAUGGGCACUGGAUUUACUGAGACCGGAAUCCGAUACUUAUGAACCCAAUAUCUUGCGAAAGUACACUGGAGAAUUCGUAUUUGUGGGGGCUGGUGCAGGACUUGGGUGCUUCAGAAAUUACGUCAAUCGCAGGCCACUCUACGCCGGUUUACAAUUUCAUGCUGCAUUUAUGGCAGCGGGCUUUGUUGUGGCAAAACUUCUUAUACGAGUAGUCGACCACUUCAAAGCUGAACGUGAUACUAGACUAAGGACUUAUGUUAAACUCCAUCCAGAACUCUUUCCUAAGCCAGAGCGAGUAAAAUACAAAGAUAUAUUCAAGCCGUGGAGUCCAAUACGUUAGACUGCCAUUAUCCUGUGAAGGAAAGAACGAGAUUCGUGGGAUUGUACAUAUAGCAUGGAAACACUUUAUUUUCUCUCUGUUAAUAGUCCAAAUCGAGCAGUACGCGCUUAACGUUAUAAAUGCCUGUGAACGAUUGUCAAGAUGUGCUCUAUACGAGAAUAAAAGUACAAGUUUACGCA